AUGUGUGGACUUAUGAUGAAGUUAAAAUGGUGUGCUUGGGCAGCAGUUUAUUGUUCUUUUAUUAGUUUUGCAAAUUCUCGUACUUCAGAAGACACCAAACAGAUGCUCAGUAGUUUUAUGUUAUCAAUAUCGGCAGUUGUGAUGGCAUAUUUACAGAAUCCUCAGCCAAUGUCACCACCAUGGUAGCAUUUUUUAACAGAACCUUGUUACUUCAUUCAGAGUAAAGUUGAGA